AUGUGGAAUGCGUUUGGGAGUGGGUCAGGGUUGCACGGAGGUGCUGGCGGGUAUGUGAGUAAAGCACAGGGCUGGGAAUUCAUCCCAUGCUCGAGACUGGAGCGAGAGAGGGGCAGGGGCAACAAUCGUAGUCCACACAGGACACUGUCGUCGCCCGCCUCCGUCAGCCUCGGGCAUUUUUACGAGCGACCAUUACCUGGAGUUGGAGCGGCGCAAUCAAGUCAACACUCGCGCCUGAAAAAAAAAAUUGAGGACUUAAAAAAACGCCAUGAGCAGGACAAAGAAGAAUGGAUGAGGGAGAAAGAACUGCUUUUGAGACAAGUUGCUGACAUCCAAGGUGGAGAAAACAGAAGGAUACUUUUGGAUCUUAAGUCUGUUUUAGACGAGGUUCAGUUGGAAGUAAAGAGGGAAGAGGCAAAAAGAGGCGAGCUGCAGUUACAAUACACAAAAGACCGUUGCGCCUGGGAGCUGGAAAGAGCAGAACUGAAAUGCCGUAUUGCGCAGUUGGAGGCGAAAGGACAUAGCUCCGUUUUGGAGUCAGUUAGGGGCCUGGAGUCUGGGGAUACUCUGAGGAGGGAGAGGGAGGAACAGAAGAGGCUGUUGGCAGACACCCACACUGCAGCCAUGGACCUGCGCUGCCGACUGGAGAGCAACGAGAGGGACUGGAUGAGGGAGAAGUCAGAGCUGUUGGAACGAUUCGACUCUGAGAGGAAGGCAUGGGAGAACCAGCUCAGGCACAUGCAACAAAAGGUUGAGGAAUUAUGCCAUGAAGUGAGGGCUCGUCGGGAGGGAGGUGACAUCGGAGCGAAUGUCGAGACAAGCGGCUGUGCCCUGAGGCUCAGUCUGCAUUCUGCCAGCACUGUGUCCAGUGCACUAACUGACCCCUCUGAGGCCCGAAGUAGCAGCUACUCCGAACUUCUCACCCAACCCAGUAACGAUAGCAUAGAUUCCCCAGGGCGUCACAGUCGAAGCGGUAAUGAACCCUAUGACCCAUGCUGUAGUGUCCAGAGCAAGCCAGCAGACCACCAUAGCACUGGGAAGUGCGAUCCUGUUCAGCAACAAGCUAUUGACACAGGAGAACUGGAGGACAUCCUGUUUGAGUGUUUAGGAAAGAGGCUGGACAGUGAGCAAGGGGCUGGACCUUCCAUAGGGCAAGAGAACCUUCUAGACCCCUUCAGAGGGUUCCAGAGCAUGGAGAUCAAAUGUGGAAGUGAUAAAAAGAAAAACACAACUGCGCUCAAUGCCGCUCUUCAAGAGAUAGCCAGAGUGAGUGAAGAGCUGUGUAGCUACCAUGAUGAGAUCAGGAAGAAGUCUGAAAUUAAGAGAAGCCACACUGAGUCGCUGUUUUUUCCAGGAGGGGUUGAGAUGGUGGACAAUCUGAAAAGCAAAUCAGACACAGGCAACACGGGCUAUAACUUGAAUGACUGGUGCAAGGACCUUGAGGCCCUUGACGAGCAGAGCUGGAUCACCUGGGAAGGAAUAAGCAAGGAACCAAAUGUACUUGAGAAUGAGGCCAAAGCCCCCCUGAAGAAAAGACCAGCUCCGCCUGUUCCACCACGCAGCACCUCCUGGUACAUGAGCAGUCCCCCUCCUCCAGAGUCAGAACUCAAUGUCCUUGAAUCUUUUGCAGAGAGGAGGUGUCAUGGUGCGUGCAUUCAUUUGGAGAGAAAGUGCAACAGUCCCUCUGUUGUGAGAAAAUUUGAGGCAAUGCUACAGGAGAAUGAAGGCAAAAUACUGACAGACUCUGGGAUUGUGUCCUGCACAGUGCCUGCAGAUUCCAAGUGCAAUAUCAGCUGCUGCCAGACCCGCUGGUCCUGUGAUGGAAGCAGGUUUGGCAGCAGCAAGUCGUCCACAUAUGUGCCUGUUCAAAAAUGUCUUUCAGAUGUUAAUAUACUGGCAACAGGACUUGAGAACAGUUCAGACAACAGAGAGGGAGAGAACAAAAAAAGUUUUCUGGGCCUGCCUCAGCAGAUAGACCCAGACUUCCCACGCAAAGCCCUGACUGUGGAGUUAACAAGUUCAUCUCCAAACAUCCUCGCUUCCUUCACCAACACAAUAACACCUCGCAGGAAUGAGAUGCUGGAGAAGAAAACAGCUGAAUUUAACCGAACACUCUUUCAGGCUGAGAUGGGUCGAGGGAUUCAUGAUGACGGUUUAAACUCUACAGACACAUCUGCAAACCACGGACUUGACUGCGCUCCACGUUACCUUGAGGUCAAAUCCACCGACACAGAUUCUGACCUCGUUUUGCAAUACCCUGAACGCAACAUGGCAGAUGCGCUAUGUGACCUUAUGGCAGAGUGUCCUGAAGGUGAAUCCAAGGCGACAGGCUCUCACACUGUACCCCAGUUAGAAAGCAAACCAAAAGAACCCUCCUUUGAACUUCCAUUGCUAUGUCAAGACAUCAAAGAAGGGGAAAUUCCCUUGGACCUUCCGACGCAGUACCCUGUGAAUAGACUUAAGGAAUUUACUUCUCAGACGCCAACCUCCUUCUACCCCUCCAUUCAUGUGCAAAAGCAAGAGACAAAGCCUCCGUCCACUGAGCAUAUUCUGUCUACCUUAUCCCAGCUUGCUCCGAGUGUGAGUGUAAGUCAGACAGAUGGCACAAGUCCAACGAGGGCCAGACCCCAGGUGGAGAAGAUUGGCAAAGCAAAGGCUGUUGUGUCAGACCAACCUCCUGCCGAAGCCAAAACGAAACAGCCCGGACGCCCGAAGCAGGAUACACCAAACAUCAAGUCACGAGUACUGGAGGACAAUCCAUGGAAACCACUGACCCUCGCUGCCUAUCCUCGACCUGUGGAAUCAAGGUCAAACUACGGAGCCAUAGAAAGAAUUCUGAAGAGUUACGAGGAUUCGAGCAGAUCCCACCAGCAGUUGCAACCCAGUCAAGGCACAGAGGAGGAUCUCAAAGAACUCUUGGAUAUGCUGGAUAACCAACAACAGUCCAAGUCUAAUCAGAAACCUUUACACACUCAACACCCUCAAGCUGCAACCCACAAAGAGACUCAUGUAACAGUGAAGCAAAGAAAAGAAUCCGCCGUAUCCGUGAAGAAGACUUUCUCUCGCCCCGCUUGUCCUGCAAAGAGACGCCUACCCUCUCGCUGGGCAAGCCGCUCACCCUCAUCUUCGUCCACGUCCUCGUCCACCUCGUCCUCGCCAAUAACACACCCCCUCGUCUCGACCCAGAAACAAACAUUCUCCUACUCUGCCUUCCACACCGAGACGGCCAUCCUCUAA